AUGAUGUUUAAAUGUGGGGAUUUUUUUUUUUUUACUUAUUUAUCUAUCGCAGUCACUGUUAAAUUAGGUGAUAUCUUCACCUAUGUAGCCCGUGUCGACUGGCCCAUUAUACAUCUGUCUGGCGAAUGUAGCAUAUCUUCUGAUCUAUCUAUCUAUCUAAGUCUGAUCUAUCUAUCUGUUCAUAUCUAUCUAUAUAUCCCGCUAUUUAUCUAUGUAUGUAAAUAUCUUCUGAUUUAUCUAUCUGUUCAUAUCUACCAAUGUAAGUCUCUUCUGAUCUAUCUGCUCAUAUCUAUCUAUCGUUAUUCAUAUCUACCUAUCUAUUUAUCUAUGGUUAUUCAUGUCUAUCUAUCUAGUUAUUCAUAUCUAUCUAUCUACCUAUUUAUGUAUCUAUCUCUCGUUAUUCAUAUCUGUCUACCUAUCUACCUAUAUAUGGUUAUUCAUAUCUAUCUAUCUAGUUAUUCAUAUCUAUCUAUCUAUCUAUCUAUCUAUCUAUUCAUGUAUCUAUCUCUCGUUAUUCAUAUCUAUCUACCUAUAUAUGGUUAUUCAUAUCUAUCUAUCUAUAUCUGUAGUAAUAUUAGCAUUAUCUAUCUAUCUAUCUAUCUAAUUCCGCUCCUUUCUUUCUUUCUCCAAUUCUUCAUUAUCUAUCUAUCUAUCUAUCUAUCUAAUUCCGCUCCUUCCUUCAAUUCUUCAUUAUCUAUCUAUCUAUCUAAUUCCGUUCCUUCCUUCCUUCCAUUCUUUCUUUCUUUCUUUCUUUCUUUCUCCAAUUCUUCAUUAUCUAUCUAUCUAUCUAAUUCCGCUCCUUCCUUCCUUCCAUUCUUUCUUUCUCCAAUUCUUCAUUAUCUAUCUAUCUAUCUAUCUAAUUCCGCUCCUUCCUUUCUUUCUCCAAUUCUUCAUUAUCUAUCUAUCUAUCUAUUCCUUAUAUCUCUCUCAAUCAAUCCUCAAUUCUAUAUUAGCUAUCUAUCUAUAUAUAUAUAUCUAUCCUAA